AAAGACAUUGAUCUCAUCCUUCAUCUGAAGUCCAAACAAACUAUCAGUCCCAGCUGUUUACCGUGUUCAAGCGUCUUCCUAAGUUUCUUUAUGCAAUUGCCCUAGCCACCCAAAAUGACAAAAGCAAUAUAAAACGCAAAGGAUCUGUCUUUUCCCUCUCAAAUUCUUCCAUAAGAAACAGAUCAUAUACCCCAAUAGCAAUAAAAAAAUAGAAGCUGGGUGCCUUUCCUCUUCUGUUCCAGGAAGCAUAAACCCUUCAAGCAACACGAUCCAAAUUUCCAGGAUUCAAUAAUGGAUGAAUCGGAGGAGUACCCAAAGGACUAUUACACCAAUAACGGCGACCCCAGAAGGGUGACUUCCACUUCCUCUUCUUCUUCAUCGACGACAAGCGUUCAUGUCACAGCCUUGGACGGCCUGGUCAACGUUAACUCCCUUUUCACCAUUGCCGUCUUCGUGGGCCUUUCUUUAACUACCCCAGGCCAGCAUAGUCUCGAGAACCGACCACCCUGCGAUGCCGACAUCGACGUAGCUAAAAAGCUCUUAGUCUUCGAGGUUGUCUCCUUCAGUUUCUUCCUUUUCUCGUCUUUGGUAGCUCAGGGUUUGAAACUGGCCAUCAACUUGUUGAAUAGUAAAGAUGUUGAUGAAGCUUUCAGGGCCCACAUUAACCUUAAAGUUUUGAGAUUUGGGAUGAUGGGUUCCGCUGUGGGGUCAGUUAUGGGAUGCCUGUUUUUGAUGCUUUCGAUGGUGAAUGUGAUCGAGAUCCGGUUAGGGAUGUUGUCUUGUGGGAGUAAGUCUGCGAUUCAUGCGGUGGCGGCUUUAGUUAUUCUGGUUUCUUCUGCUAUCUUGUUUUAUAUUUCCACUGCUGUUUAUGCUUUCUUGCAUUGAAUAAUGAAAAUUUUGUGGCUACAAACUUUAGUAUUAGUUUUCAUAACAAUAUUGUAAAUCAAAUCACGAGUUGAAUUUCUUGGUUA